UUUGGUUUCUUGUUUUGGUGUUUACAUGUGAUUAGUUAGCAUGUUUUUGUGAUUUCUGUGUAUUUUUCUUCUACGUAUAAUUAAGAGCACCAGUAACCUGCUAGAGUUACCAUAGAUGCAAUACAAUAUAGGUACCAUUCUCCUUUUUUAAUGGCGCAAGAAACCCAACCUGUGUCGGUGUCAAAUUUUUACCUGGCGGGAAGAUCUUAGAUUGAGAUCGGAAUAUUUCGAAGGUCAAGGCUGGCUCAGCCAGUGUGGCCCGGCACCAGCCACCAUGGACCACUCGAGAACCCAGGAGUGGGAGAAGCUGCGUGCCACAAUAGCACAGUGGAAUGACAACCGGCUGGACCUGUUCGAGCUCUCAGAGCCGGACCAGAAGCUCAACUUCCAUGGCGUUAUGAGGUUCUACUAUCAGGACUCUGGUCAGAAAGUGUCCACCAAGUGUAUCCGCGUGUCUUCGGACGCCACCUCUCAGGAUGUCAUAGCGACCCUGAUUGAGAAGUUCCGGCCCGACAUGAGGAUGCUGUCCACGCCGCGAUUCGCCCUCUACGAGAUCCACGAGAGCGGAGCAGAGGAGCGAGAGCUGUCGCCCGACGAGCGUCCUCUGCACGUGCAACUCAACUGGCACCAGGACGACCGCGAGGGGCGCUUCCUGCUGCGGAACCUCAACGAAAAACGCUGGUCAUUGCGAGCACCCGGCGAAUCAACACUAGACGAAGGCAACUUCAAACGCAAACUCAGUAAACGAGAGAAGAAAGACCUGAAAAAGAAGGGCAAACUUCACAAGAUUAAGAGCAUCAAUGAUCACGAUUCAAGCGUGGCAGAAAAGCUAUAUACAGAGCUGCCGGAGACGAGUUUCACGCGUUCCAUCAGUAACCCGGAGGCAGUGAUGCGCCGCCGGCGACAGCAGAAGCUGGAGAAGAAGCUGCAGCAGUUCCGCAGCCGAGACGGAGGACCCGACACGGGCGGCACGCUCAAGAUUUACGGAGAGAGCCUGUGCAGCGACGUUCCAUACAAGACGCUGCUGUUGUCUGUGACCGAUACAGCCGCUGCCGUGGUGCAGGAGAUGCUCCAAAAGUACGGCAGGUACCGAGAGGAUCCCAACAACUACUGUCUCGUCCAGGUGGUGACCCAGGAGCCGCAGCAGGAGACCCGCGAGUACCGGGCGCCCACGGGACCUUACAACGAGUACAUUCUGGAGGACGAUGAGUGUCCACUGGCCAUCCUGAUCAACCACCCUCCCACGCCCGGCUCCAUCAUGUUCCACGUGCGCCGGCGGCCCAACGACUACCAGCCGAGGAAGAGGAAGAAGCUGCCCAACCAGCCGUCGACGCCGUCUGAGGUGGACCAUAGCUACCGGGGAACGGACGAGGCCAGCCUGCCGUUCCUGCUCGAACUGAACGCAGAUGGAUCGGACGUGCGCCACCAGGCUCCUAGACGGUACAGCCUGCGUCUGAAUGUUACGGAGGUCGGGUCGGAGCGCUCUCCGCAGGCGGGCGGCCAGUGUCUCCAGCUGGCGGGCCACAACGUGCACCCGCGCCACUGCGUCAUCGCCCACACGGAGGGUAUAGUGACGGUGACUCCGUGUGGACGGGAGGCCGAGACUUACGUCAACGGACAGCGGGUGUACGAGACCACCAUACUGCAGCACGGCUGUGUGGUGCAGUUCGGGCGCGUGUACCGGUUCCGGUUCCUGGACCCGGCGCACGAGGCGCACCAGCGUCCUAGGGGGCGCCGAGAGUCAGGCCGCGGCCACAACGAGAGCUACGCUGAGAGGUCGAACAACUACGCCAGUUUCCGGCGGGGCAGCGACCCGAUCCUGCCGGCCGUGCUCGAGUUCAGAGAGGAGACCGAGGACGCCUUCCUGCGGGCCGUCAUUACGCGGCUCGACCCGAGCAGCCUGCAGUUCAAACUGGCGCCCACCUAUACUCUCUACAUGGCCGCGAGGUUUCGGGCCAGCACCCACUAUCGCAGUGACCUGUCGCCCAACGAGAGAGCUCUAAGGCUCACCAACGUCCUGGCCAAGGUGGCCUCCAUGAUCCGAGAUGUUGUGCAGAUGCGUCGCGGUGACGCCAAUUCCCUGGCGUUCUGGAUGGCCAAUGCGUCCGAGUACCUGCACUUCCUCAAACAGGACCGGCACGUGAGCGCCUACAGCCGCGACGCCCAGGACAUCCUGGCCGAGAGCGUCCAGUCGGCAUUCUGGAACCUGGUGGAUAACGUUCAGUCGGAACUGGGCGGCUCCAUCGGACACUUCCUCGAGGACCGGGACGACUCGGAUGAGGAGGAGGGUACCACUGCCGAGGUUUUGAGUACUCUGGGUAACACGAUGGCGCUGCUGCGCCGCUGUCGGGUGAACGCCGCCCUCACCAUCCAGCUGUUCUCACAGCUCUUCCACUACAUCAACAUGGGCGUGUUCAACAUGCUCGUCAUGCCCGGACCGGUCAACUACUGCAGCAGGAUGUGGGGCGAGCGCCUGAAGCGUCGACUGAGCCGUACCGAGCUGUGGGCGGACCGCCAGGGCCUGGAGCUGGCGGCCGACUGUCACCUGGGCCGGGUGGUGCAGGCCGCUCAUCUACUGACGGCUCCCAAGAACAACGUGGACGACCUGACGGGUAUCACGAGCACGUGCUACAAGCUGAACUCCCUGCAGCUGAGGGCGAUGCUGGAGCGGUACCAGCCGGCGGCCGACGAGCCGGCCAAAAUACCCCCUCAGCUCAUCGACAAUAUUGUCAGGAUUGCCGAGAGCACGUCGGACGAGCUGGCCCGCCAGGACGGCCGGCCGGUGCGUCUGGAGGAGAGCAGGGACCUGCAGCUGCCGUUCCUCCUACCCGAGGACGGGUACUCGUCGGACAUCGUGCGCGGCAUACCCAACGGUCUGACCGAGUUUAUAGCGCCGCUGCAGCACGCGGGCCUGGCUCGGAUGAGCGAACAGCCCACCAGCUGGGGUUACUGGACCAUCUACAUGACGGGCCAGGAGCACCGGCCGCCGCAAAUGCGCAGCCCGUCAGCCAUGUCCAACCGGUCUAUGGGGGCGCGCGGCCCGCCGGGCGGGGGCGGGGGCGGUCCGCCGCCCGCCGAACCCGAGGUGCAGCUCAUCAAACUGCAAAAGUCCAACACCGGCAUGGGCCUGAGCAUCGUGGCCGCCAAGGGCCUGGGCCAGGAGCAGGCGGGCAUCUACGUCAAGUCUGUGGUGCGCGGCGGCGCGGCGGACCUGGAUGGGCGACUGGCGGCCGGGGACCAGCUACUAGAGGUGGACGGACACAGCCUGAUCGGCAUCACCCAGGAACAGGCGGCCGAGUACAUGAUGAAGACGGGCCCGGUGGUGCUGCUGCGCGUGGCUAAACAGGCUGCCGUCUACCACCGGCUGACGGCGCUACUCUCUCAGCCGUCACCCACCAUGUCCAGAGGGAGCCGACGUGCCAGUGAACGUGGCGGGAUGCCGCCCACCGGGCGCAUCCAGAGCGCAAAGUCGGUGCCGGCGCUGAGCUCGGACGGCGGCGACCGCGGCGGUCCGAUGGCCGGCGUCAGUCGCGGCCACCAGGAGACCUACAACCCGGGCUUCAACCUGUCGGCGUCCAACGCCAGCCUGGCGGCACUGCCGGGCCCCGGCGCGCCGACCGCCGCGCACGCCCGCUCGCGCUCCGUCCAAAACCUGCACAAACCGGGCGGCCCGGCCGGCGGCGGGCCCGGCCCGGCCCCGGGGCCCGCGCCGCCGCCCCGGCCCAUCUCCGUGCACGCCCACUACCAGCAGGGACAGCCCGGACAGAUGCCGGCGCAGAUGCUGGGACAGAUGCCGGGCGGGCCGCGCUCAGAGAUGCCCCGCUCCGUCUCCGAGCACGAGCACCUGCGGCACCGGCACUCCAGCGCCACGUACAGCAACACGGGCCCGGGCGCGUUCGAGCCGCCGCGGCCAGCCGGACCGGACCGGCCGUACAGCGAGCAGCUCUCGCCGGGUCUGGGGGCCGAGCCGGGCGGCCGCGGCGGCCCCGGGCCCGCGGACAGGCCCCCGGCACACGGCGGCGCGCCGGGCAACGGGCUGAUGUACGGCGAGCGGCCGCCCCACGGCUCCGCGGAGGGUAUGACAGGGUAUGGGUAUGAGCGACCCGUCUCGGCGCACGGGCCGCCCGAUGGAGGUAUGGCGCCGUAUGGGGACCGCCACGAGCGACCUCUACCCCCUCACGGCGCGUCAAACGGAAUUUCACAGCACGGCGACCGGCCUCUGCCGCCGCCCCACUCCAGUGCCAACAGCGGUGUCUUGUCCUACGGGGACCGCCCGCCGCCGCCUCACAGCAGUGCCAACAACAGCGUGUUAUCACAGUACGGCGACAGACCGCUGCCUCCGCACUCCAGCGGCGGCGCUCUGCCCUACGGCGACCGGCCGCUGCCGCCCCACUCCAGCGCCAGUGGGAUGCCCGGGUACGGGGAGCGGCCCCUGCCGCCCCACAGUGCGGCCCCUGCGUCACCCGCGGCACCGCCGGACCGGCCCCCACUGCCGCCACACAGCGCCGCCGGCGGCGCGCCGCUGUCGUCACCCUACGGCGAGCGGCGCCCGUCGGGCCCGGAGCCGAUGGCGCAGCGCCGCCGCAGUCGCACCGAGAGCUUCUCCGAUCUGCCGCCGCCGCCGCCGCCGGCCUCGGCCGCGCCCGCGGUGCGGUUCGAGGAGCCGCCGCCGGCGCGGCCGCCGCCGCCCCAGGAGCUGUACGGCGAGCCGCUGCCGCCGCCGCCGCCGCCGGCGCAGACGCACCCGCUGUACGGCCAGCCGCCGCAGCGACCGCCGCCGCCGGCGCAGCAGGCCGGAUACGACGCCGGCAACCCGUGGACGCGCGAGGAGCGAGAAAAGCAGGAGGAGAAUCGCAAGAAGGAGGUGGCCCGCAAGUACCGCGACCAGCUGAUUGAGUACCUGGAGGGACUGCCGAACCGCUCCCGCCGCGAGCAGGAGCAGCUGCAGGCGCUGGUGCUCGAGAAGCGCUUCCAGGAGCGCUGUGACCUCGGCGGCGAUGACGAUGACGAGGAUGAAGAUGAUGAUGAUGAUAACCAGGAGAUGAACAACUCGCGGGCCGACUCGGACGUGCCGCCGCCACCGCCGUCCGAGCAGCCGCCGGCUCUCCCGAGCUCUGAGCAGCUGGAGCGGCCGCCGGCGCCGGGGGCCGGCAGUCGAACGGACGAGGUGCGCCGGCGCCAGGCGGAGCUCGAGGCCGCCCAGCAGGCCGAGCAGGGCAUCCUGCGCGAGGCGCAGCGGCGCCGCCAGAUGGAGGAGGACCGCCAGCGCCGCCAGAUGGACGAGGACAGGCAGCGCGUGGCGGCCGCCACGGCGGCGGUGGCGCGCGCGCGCACCCAGCCGGCCGCGCCGCCGCCGCCCGGCCGCACCGUCUCGUUCGGCGCGGUGACCACGGCCGGUGAGCUGCGGCCGCCGGCCGUGCCGCCCAAACCGGAGGUAGCCGUGGCGUCUGUGGUGAGCACGCGGCGCGUGCAGCUGAACGAGCCGGCCGGCACGCCGCCGCCGCCGCUGCAGCCGGCCGGCGGCGGCCGACACCACGAUCCGGACCGGUUCAUUGACGAGGCGCGACAGAUGAUGGCCGCUACCAGCAUCUCGCCGCCCGAGGGACCCACCUCCUCCAGUGUGGACGCCAGCGCCACGCCGGGCGUCAUCGGCGCUCAGGAGGUGUACAGGGACCCGCGCACUCGGCGUCUGGCGCUGAUGCAGGACCGCCAGCCGGAGCACUCUCCCGUGCCGGAGAAACUCUCCUUCAAGGAGAAGAUGAAGAUGUUUGCUGCCGAGACCGGCUAACUGUCCAGCUGCCCCAGAGACCAGGCGGCGCCGAGCGAGGACGCAGAGGAAGAGAGAGUGAGCUUCUCACCACUAACCCCACACAACACACCACUAACCGGCCGGCCGUCCGACCAGGGCGGCAGCUUGUGAUCGAGACUGGCGAGCGCCGCCGUCGCUACAUCCGUCCGUCCGUUAGAGAGAAUAGCGUCUAUUUUACACAGUGCAUAUCAUCAUAUACCGCCCGCCGGCGGCGGCAGCGGUGGGUUGUGAUGUUGGACGUCCGGCCGACUAGUUUGUAGCGAGCUGCGGCGCCGGGGCUGCUGGACCUCCGUGGGCCCUCGGGGACUCGCAUGGGCCCUGCCGCCGAGAACGUCAGCUUGCGUCGAUGUCCGUGACAUUUGUGGCCUUUCAUAUUCAGACGGAUGAUUUGACGAAGAUGGGAAGUCGCGAGGUUUCGAUGAGAUUCAUGCAUUGGCAGAUCAUGGUAUUUUUAAAACCUGUAGACCCGAGGCAACUGUAUGAAGUUCUAAUGCUCCGCAGGGGGUCAGAAUCCGCGGCCCGUCCUUUCGCUGUGUCAACUGCCGAGUCGUUGACGGGGCCACGCUGGCCGCUCUAGUUUUGUAUGCUCUUUAUGGUGGGUCUCUGGUGAUCAUAUCGUGUAUAGCUGGGGCCGCGUGGGGUCCAGAGGGCUGCAAACAUGGAACGUAAGCAGCUGUGCGGGGCCGCCUGCGGUCAGCUGUGAUGUGUCCCGGGCAGACCGAACCGGACGCAGCUGUGUUUUACUGGCGACUACGGGGGAGAAAUGGCCGCUAAAUUUGUAGAUAUGUGGUAGCUUGGUGACGAAACAUUUUUAUCGAGAGUAGUUUGAUGUUUAGAGAACACAUUUUAUCGAAAGUACUUGGCUGUACGCCCGUCGGUGCGUUCCUGUGCCCAGAGGUGCCUAUGGUCGGGCGGUUUCCGAGGGGUGCCUAUUGUUGGCAGUGUCGUGUGUCCCAGAGAGGUGCCUAUCGUUGGCAAUGUCGUGUGCUGAGAGGGGUGCCUAAUGCCUAUCGUUGGCAGUGUCCUGUGCUGACGGUACCGUGGCUGUAAGUAGGCAGCUGUGGGGCGGAUAAGAGACCCAGGGGAUGUACAGAGAUUCGUGACGCCUGACGGGCCCAGGACAAAAUAUAUCUCAUGAAUGCCCAUC